AUGCGAGGCAUCGCCGUAGGCUCGGUGGUGGCGGUCCGGCCGAGCCUGACGAGCGUGGACGUGGUGGUGGAGAUUCUCGACGAGGACAUAGUGAUUCCGCGCGGCAUGCCUAUAUUCGUUAACCAGUCGGGGCUUAUAGCGGAGACGCUUAUAGACAUGACCCCGCUGCUGCCCAUUCCCGAGUAUGACGCGGGUCCGAGGGAUGCGGGGUGUAGGGAGGAGGGGGUGAUAGUGUGUCAUAGGGAGAGGGUGGAGGGGGAGAUAGGGGUGAGUAUGGAUGAGAUGGUGCGGCUGUAUGUGAAGAUGGGGCGCGAUGCUGAGAGGGAGAAGGCGAAGAGAAGUGUGGGGGGUGGUCGGGUGGUGGUGAGGAGUAAGAUGGGGCGCGAUGCUGAGAGGGAGAAGGCGAAGAGGAGUGUGGGGGGUGGUCGGGUGGUGGUGAAGAGUAAGCUUUGA